GUUUCAAACGAAACGAGCGAAAAACAUUGCCUAUAUGGGAGGGCAUGGACGGUGGCGAGUGAUCUUGUCAGGCUGCGUCGCAGCACUCAGUCCAGGUUCAGUCCACCGACAGACAUUCGCGCGUACGGAUCGUUCGCUCCCGUUUAGUGCCGUUUAGUGUGUAGUGCGUCUGUGAGACUGUUGUGUGUGCCAGUUCUGUGAUCGGUUCUGUGGACGGUUUCUUGUGGAUUGCGGGCUACCGGAGUUUGAAGUAUUAAAAGUGCAUUUAAAAUAAGCCAAAGAGUGGACCAAUUAAAGCCACCCGACACAGGGGGAAGCACAUGGAAAACGGCUAGCAGCAGGUUAGGACUGGAAACUUUCACGGAUGUAGAAAUAAAAGAAGAAAAUCCGGAUCCGGAGUGGGAAAAGGCUAGUGGAGUGAUCGUCAGAUAUACAGUUGCUAACCGUACAUGAAGCUGCAGUACAAGUUGGUGGUUCUCUUGUUUUUUCUUUCUUACUUCAAGCACUUAAUUUACUGACCGCUUCCGUACGAUCAGACACCGUCCCAAUAUACAGCUCAAUACAGUGGACCUAUCGGGUAUAGAGUAAUAGAAACCGCUUCGCACCAAACGCAGCCAGUUCCACCGACGUUUGGCGCCCCGGGACCGGGACCGCCGUACGGUUGGGCAUCGAAAUACUGAUUGAACGGGAGGCCGUUUGUCUCUCGCUUUCCACAGAACAGAGGGCGAACAGGAGAGCCACGGAGGCGGCGGCAGUGACGAACAAACAAGGCGAGGCGUUGAUCUGAUAAAAUCUAAUUGCUUUAGUUUGUUUGUUUAUCGCACCACGAGAUCUGCAAACGAUCUCGUCCUCUGCUUUUUUUGCUCUGCAGACAGAGCGACGGACAAGUGCCUUUGGUUCUCUGUUUGGUUGUGCGUGCCCUUUUAGAGAGAGAGAUAGUAAGGGAGAUACAACCUGAGACAGAGAGAUUGUAACAGCUGUUUUAAGUGAUACGAUCCAUAGCAGCGACAGCUUCAUCGUAGGGCUUCUUGAAGGACGGGUCUAAUCAGUGCACGGGACACAGAAUAAGAUAAAUAAUUGCCCAUCCCGCCUACCUCGCUGGCUGGUUCUUCCACCGAUGUCGUAACUAUCCCAAGGACACCAGAACACGCAACAGUUCAGCAGAACAGAACGGUAUCACUUUCUAAACAGCGCACCUUCAAAAAAAAUGACACAUCUUACCACACCCCUGCUGGUAUGCAUCAUCGUCGCCGCCGGUUACCGAACCCUGGCAGUGGCGGCGUACGGCCAGAACCCACCGAAGCGACCCCACAUCGUCCUCAUCACCGCGGACGAUAUGGGCUGGAAUGACGUCGGGUUUCACGGCUCGAACCAGAUAGCGACGCCGCACAUUGACGCGCUCGCGUACGACGGUGUCAUCCUGAACCGGCACUACUCGGCCCCGAUGUGUACGCCGUCCCGGGCGGCCCUGAUGACGGGCAGACACCCGAUCAACGUCGGCAUGCAGCACUACGUGAUCGACAGCGACGAGCCGUGGGGCCUCGGGCUGGACCAGCGCAUCAUGCCGCAGUACUUCCGCGCGGCCGGCUAUCGGACGCACAUGAUUGGGAAGUGGCACCUUGGCUUCUUCACCGAGCACUACAUACCGACGAACCGUGGGUUCGACACGCACAUCGGCUACCUGGGGCCGUACGUGGACUACUGGAGCUACGUGUCCAAGAUGAAUAGUGGUACGUUCGAAGGCUACGAUAUGCGCCAGAAUCAGUUCGUCAACUAUGCCGCCAACGGGACGUACGCGACGGACUAUUUCACCUCGGCCGCGCGGGACAUCAUCGCCCAGCAUGGCAAGAGCGGUCAGCCGAUGCUGCUGGUAAUGAAUCAUCUGGCACCGCACGCGGGCAACGAUGAUGAUCCGCUGCAAGCACCGCAGGAAACGAUCGAUCGUUUUGCGUACAUCGGCAACAAGGAUCGUCGUACGUACGCUGCCAUGAUGUCGAAGCUGGACGACAGUGUCGGCGCCGUGUAUGAAAGCCUGCGAGCGAACGGUAUGCUCGAUAACUCGAUCAUUGUGUUUCUGAGUGAUAAUGGAGGUGUUACGCGCGGCAUGCACAGCAACACCGGCUCGAACUAUCCAUUCCGUGGUCAAAAACACUCCCCCUGGGAAGGUGCGGUACGGACCGCAGCACUCAUCUGGAGCCCACUGCUGAAGGACACGCAGCGCGUCUCGAACCAAUGGUUCCACAUCUCCGACUGGCUGCCAACGCUCGCUUCUGCCGCCGGCAUUGCCUUGGGCAACAGUUCCUUCAGCGAUAUCGAUGGCAUCGACCAGUGGGAAGCACUCGCGUACGGUACGGGCAAUCCGCGCCAGAGGCUGAUGAACAAUCUGGACGAAAUCUUCGGCUACACCAGCUACAUGGAGAACGGGUUUAAGUACAUCAACGGCACGACACUGAACGGGGUGAACGAUGCGUGGUACGGUGAGACGGAUCCACUCGAUCAGCUGCCGGACGAUGAACAGUAUCUCAGCAGUGUCAUGGCCACCCGGAUUGCCCGUGCUGGUCGGCUGGAUGAGAAGCUUAUCUCCUACCUUCGUCGACACGCGACCGUCAAUUGCGGCAACUCAAUUGCAACCAAACCCUGCAAUCCGCUGGUGAAACCGUGCCUGUUCGACAUCAUCAACGAUCCGUGCGAAAUGCACGACAUCUCGGAUGAAUAUCCGAAACGGCUGCGUGGAAUACGCAACCGGCUGGAGCUGUACCGGCUUCGGGCAGCUAAACCGCGCAACCGGCCGCACGAUCCAGAAGCCGAUCCGUCCAAAUUCGGUGGCGUUUGGAACUGGUGGCGUACCGAUCCGACCAAGGCCGCUUCCCUGCAGGACGAAGGCGAUGACUCCGCGUUGCCACCACCGACGCACUCGCUCGCCAAGGACACGCAGCUGUUUGACCAAGAGGCAAGAUUCCGCCACUACGCCCAGCGAGAUACCGACGGACGCGUCCAGCCCGGAUGGUAAAGCGGCGGCUGAUGCUGCCUUUAGCUCGAAAAUCUACGUCAUUAGCGAUAGGGAUAUGGACAGGUAACGCCAUUGGCAGAUCGGUAAUUGGCUUUCUUCUUUCUCCGAACAAACACAAUGAAAUCUACGUAAAUUGGUAUGGAAAGGAAAGGUUAAUGUAGGACACUAAAAUCACUACUAUGCACCACAACUCUUUCACACAAGCACCUUCUCCAUACGGUUGUACGGCUAACAGCGGGAUGGGAUGAGAUUCUCUGUAAGGUUUACAGUUACCAAAGAAAUUGUACACUAACACCAAAAUGAUGGGCAAAAACAUUAGCUGCUUCCGGUUAACAUUGCUUCUAAUAUUUGGAAGUAUUUUUGUAGCGUUUGUAGCGAAGGAAGGUCCCUCAUGGUCGGUGGUCUACUUGAGUUGGAAAUGUUAUCUAUUUAUUUUUGCCAUGUUUUACAGCUCAUCAAAGCAAGAUCAGUGCAGCGUGUGAACAUUGAUCGGCGAAGAUCUUCAGUCCCAUAUCGGCCAACGAUCCUCCAGCAACGCUUAUUUGUUAUCACCGAAUUAUUGCCAGAAAUAAAUAUUUCAGACUUCUCAUUCAA